AUGGAAACAAUCAAGGAGAUCGUCCGCGACGCGCCUUUCGGUCAACUCGUCCGUUACGCCACACGAAAUCGCUUCUUCAAGUAUCCAGAAGAGUUACCUGGUUUCGAAAUCCCAUCUGCGUAUAUCGAAAAGGAUACCAGUGCGUCAGCUUCACAGAGCCAGGCUCACUCCGACAACUCCGCAACUGCCAUUAGACAGCCCAUCCCAACCCCAGCUACUACAGAGUCCCCUCAAGUCAACCUCGAAAAACCUCACUCCAGAACCGCAGAAGGAGUGAACGCAUCCGACCGCAACUCAACCUCCACAGCACCCCUCCCGUCGCAUGCCCUCCCUUUCAGCCCCUCACGCCUGGAAGCCGACCUAGCCCUCCAUACCACCCACUCACCCACUCACGCCAUCGCUCCCGUCAAGACAGCCGACGGCCUCAUACUAGCAGAAUGGUACACCACGACCGACCCCGCGAACCCGCAGAACUGGUCGCAGGGCAAGAAGGCAUGGACGGCAUUCUUGAUCUGUCUGUAUACGUUCAUUGUGUACGCGGGUAGCUCGAUCUAUGUUAGUAGUACGCUGUUGGUCAUGAGUGAGUUCGGGGUGGGGGCGUUUAAGGCGAGUUUGGGGUUGGCGCUUUAUGUGCUAGUACCCCAACUCGGCAGAAACAUACCGUACAUCACGACUUUCGCGCUCUUCACCAUCCUCACUUUACCUACCGCACUAGUAGACAAUCUCGGCGGCUUUCUGUUCCUUCGCUUCCUACUCGGCUUCUUCGGAAGCCCCUGCCUAGCGAACGGCGGAGCUACGAUGCAGGAUCUGUACUCUCUGCUCCAUAUACCGUACGGCCUAGCUUUCUGGACAGCCGCCGCGUUCGCUGGACCAGCUCUAGGGCCUCUUCUAUCUGGCUUCUCUGUCUAUGCGGAGAACUGGCGAUGGUCUCAAUGGGAACUCCUCUGGAUGGCCGCCCCAGUAUUCCUCCUCUUUUUCUUCUUUCUCCCAGAAACGCAGCCUACCACCAUCCUUCUCCAGCGAUCUGCCCGUCUGCGUGCACUGACUGGCAAUCCCAAUAUCCACACCCAAACCGAGAUCGAUCGUAAAGGCACCAAAUUCUCCGCUGAACUCCUCGAUACUCUGAUCAAGCCUUUGGAGAUCUGCGUCAAAGACCCGGCUCUGUUCUUCAUCAACGUCUACUCUGCGCUGACGUACGGCAUCUACUACUCUUUCUUCGAGGUCUUUCCUCUCGUGUAUUUGGAGAUAUACGGGUUCAGCGUCGGCGAGAUGGCGAUCGUGUUUCUGUCCAUCAUCGUAGGGUGCGUUCUUGCUAUGACGAUCUACUUCUCCUAUUUGAGGUUCUACCUUAUACCGGAUAUCCUCAAGAGAGGGCUCAGACCUCAAGAGCAUAGACUCGUGCCGGCGAUUUUCGCGAGCUUUGGGGUGCCCAUUGGAUUGUUCAUCUUUGGCUGGACGGCUCGUCAAUCUGUACAUUGGAUUGUUUCGACUAUCGGUAUCGCUAUAUAUUCGACUAGCGUGUACAUCAUCUUCCAGGCUGUCUUUUCAUACGUGCCCAUGUCUUACCCGCAAUACGCCGCGUCCCUUUUCGCGGGCAAUGACUUCUGUCGGUCUGCUUUCGCUUUCGGAUCCGUACUCUUCUCCCGUCCUAUUGCCAUGAAGCGUGCUAUGGAAGUUUUCAAAAGGCAGUAUCCUCGCAAACUCACUGAGCGCUCUGCUAUACUCAUCUGGACUGAUGCUGGCGGCGAAGACAAAGACCCAGACCUUUCCUUCUUGUUCAAGCAAGCCUCCCGAAAACCUCAGGUCUACUUCAAGCUGAGUCCUACCGUGUUCAAUCGUUUCAGAACAACGAAUCUCUCGUCAGCGCUGCGCGGUGGGCUGGCAUAUUCCUCGAUCGGCUCUUCCGGAUUCAACGCGACGCAAACUUUCAACAGUCUCCACAAGGUGUACGGCUACACCCUCGAACCCCUACUAAUGAAAGAGGAUCCUUUCUAUGCUGUCAGCGAGAUCUACGCAUUUGCUGCGACAGCAGAAAAUCAGUUUCUGAACAUGAUGAAGGAGAUCCUCGACGAGCGCAUGAAGGGUAUAGUGGAAGAAGGUUUGCAAACCAAAUUUUCAGAGCCAAACGCUCUCCCCGAACGUACCGACCUGCAAUAUGAUCGUUCAAUUCUCGAGGCACAUUCUGAUCGCAUCAGCGACAUCAUCGCGUUUCUGAAAGCAGCCGAUGACUCCCUCUGGUUUCUUCCUUUCGCAAAAAUGGGAGCAAAUAACCCUUUCAUCGCAGCGCGCAUGAGCCUCUUGCAAGAUUUCCAGUACCUUCAUACUCAAGUCGUGCAGCUCAUUCAGCGCUGCGAAAGGGCCAUGGAAAUCGUUGCGCACAAUGCCUCUCUUUUGGAGGCGAAAAGGUCGAACUCGCAGUCAGAGGAUCUGGAACAACUAACGCGGUUGACGACGGGAGUGACACUGGUAUAUGUGCCAAUCUCAUUCGUUUGCACCUUCUUUGGUAUGAACUUCUCAACCUUUGGGCAGGGCAAUCUGUCCCUUUGGGUCUUUGCCGCUGUCAGUGUUCCCGUUCUGUUGAUCUCGUUGAUCUUUCUCAAACAGAAAUUGAAGAGCGAUUCAAAGAAAAAGGUUUCUUUGAAGCAAUGA